AUGAGUACGCAAUCGAUGAAGGCGUACUACAGCUCCGCCCUGGUGGCCGAGCAGCGCAAGCGGUACAUGCGCACGCCCGCCGAGCGUCUCCUCAUGGCCUGGGUCUUCUGCUGGAUGAUGCUGGCCCUCGUGGCCACCUGCGUCAUGCUGUACCUGCUCAUCAUCUUGUACAGGAGGCCCGCGCUCAGCAGCGACAACUUCUCCAUGCUUGAAAUGAACAAGAAACUGACUCGCGAGACCUACCACUCCAAGGACCCCGUGACCCAGGCGCUCUUGAAGCGGAUCACCGCCAAGGAUAUCAACACGACCCUCGAAAUUCUGAUCAAGACGCCGAGCGGGGGAUACCCGCUGGCAGAGGGCGUGCUGAAAUACUGGAAAAGCCACGGCAUGGAAGAGACCAAGAUAGUCAAAUACCAGGCUCUCAUGAGCAUUCCGGACGAAACGCAACCAAACAAGGCACCCGUUGUCUACGUGAACUACGCCAGGACUUAUGACUUUGAGCAACUGGAGGAACGUCAAAUAUCGGUCAGGGGCAAAGUAGUAAUCGCUCGAACGGGACAGAUAACCAAGGGUUUCAAGGUGAAGAAUGCCGAGCGGGCGGGCGCAGCGGGCGUGGUCUUGUUUCUGGACCGUGUGGAGAACGGACCCCAGGACCUGUACAAGGCGUUCCCGGACUCCGUGUACGUCAGCGGGAGCGCCAUCCAGCGGGGCACCGUCAGCUACUACAGGGGGGACCCGCUCACCCCGGGAUACCCUGGAGUCGGCGAGUUGGCAUUCUUCUCCCGAAGGUUACAUGUCAAGACCCACGACAAGCUCGUGGAUGGGUAUGCCUACAACGCCAUUGGUAUGAUCAUGGGUGGCGUCGAACCAGACCGCUACGUACUGAUGGGUAGCCACAUGAGCUGGCAAAGCCGGGGCGACGCAAAUCCGCUCUUGGCACUCAGCCAGCUGGUGGUCCAGGGCAAGACGUUCGCCAACCUGCAUAAGCGUGGCUGGAAGCCCCGGCGGACCAUGGUGUUCGCGCUGUGGGACGGGGAUGCCGACAGCCUUCUGGGCUCCACCGAGUGGGUCGAAGAUAAGAUGAGGCUUCUGCAGCAAGGUGCCAUCAUCUACAUAGCCAACGACCUCAUCACAGAUAGCGAAAAGCUACAUUGGGUUUUGGGUUAA